ACGUCGUAGCUCUCCGAUGUACUAACGGCGCAUUGUUGAACGCGAGGUAUAUCUUUAUACGUCGCCAAAAAAAGAAGAUAAAGUGAAGCGUCCCGAUGGCAGCGAGGGUUGGACUGGCCAUGAAUCCGCCGCACACGACCGACGAGCGGGCGGUGUUCACGCAGCUGAAGCCGGUGAGGAUGCCCCCCGCGGAGGACCCGACCGUGUUCGAGGACGUCAAACCCGGGGUCCGGUUAGAGUUGGACAAAUACCUCCCGCCGGUCAACAGUCCUCUCCUGAGUAACCUCAUCGAGUCCGUGGACAGGAAGUACCGCCGGGACAGCGCCUCCGUGGUCGACGACUUCUUCUCCGAGGACAAAGGCGCGGCGUUGCCCUACAGCCUCAACAUCAACUUCAUCCUCCCCAACACCACCCACCUGCGCACCGGCCUCUACCGGCCCAACGCCGCCGCCAGGACUCUCCCGCCGCAGCUCAUCAAGACGGAGCCCGGGCUGGAGGUGCCCUGCUCCGUCUCCACCUCCACCCAGGCGCUGCCGGACUUCACCUCCGUCUUCAGCGUGUCGCCCGUCGUCAACAACGUGUUCAUCAAGCCGGACGCGAGCUCCGGCGAGGUGGCGAGCGUCCCCGCCCAGCAGCAUCAUCAUCAUCAUCAUCAUCACCAGCAGCACGUGGACAUGGAGCUGCACAUCGGGCCCCCGGCCCCCCAGUCGCAGGUCUACCACAUGCCCAUCACCGGCUGCGCCGACCUCACCAUGACUCUGUCGCACGCCAGCCCGUCGGCGCACGCCUCCACGAGCGGCCGGACCAUGCUGAACCUCAGCAACGUGGCGUCGUCGACGGGCGGCGGCGGCGGCGGCUACGCCACGGCGGAGCAGCAGCUGGCGCAGCACCGCGGUUACUACCAGGCGUCGCCGGGCAACUCGGCCCGGCACGCGGCGCCGCACAGCCUGCCGCCGUCGCCGCCCAACUCUCAGCCGGGGAGCCCCGACGGCCCGCCGCAGCUGCUGCCGCCGCCGUACCAGCGCCGCCUGGACGGCAUCAAGGUCACGGGGCUGUCCCCGCACGCCAUGCUGAUGACUCACGGACAGGGAGUCCUGACGGGCCCCAAAUACAACCGGCGGAACAACCCCGAGCUGGAGAAGAGGAGGAUCCACUUCUGCGACUUCCAAGGCUGCUCCAAAGUGUACACAAAGAGUUCUCAUCUGAAGGCGCACCAACGGACGCACACAGGCGAGAAGCCGUACCGCUGCACGUGGGAGAGCUGCGACUGGCGCUUCGCCCGAUCGGACGAGCUCACCCGGCACUACCGGAAACACACCGGAGCCAAACCCUUCAAGUGCGUCGCCUGCAGCCGCUGCUUCUCGCGCUCCGACCACCUGGCGCUGCACAUGAAGCGCCACCAGAAUUGAGCGCCGCGCGGCACGCCGGCCCACAGAACGUAACCCACGCGGUACCACAAUCACCCCUGUUCACACACGCACACAGGGUUUAGCUCCGGUGCUCCAUGCUAAUGCCAGUCGGCGGCUAACGGUGUCCUGAGUAAAAUAAAAGUGCAAGGAAACUUCUUUUUUUGAAGGAUUUUCAGAUCGAAACGUCUGUUGUGGACGUUUCAGGUGAACUCGGACAGUUUCACUCACUGUGGCGAUAAACCCGUGACUCGGAGUGGAGGGAACUUUAUUUUAUUUAAUGUUUUAUAUAUUUUUUUAUUUUUUAAACAUUUUUAAUCCAACAUUACCAAUAUUUUAAAUAAUAACUAAAUGAGGCCUCGGGUCUUUACCACCUCGGCGUGACCUCACCGGUCUGCCCUCCAGUCACAGAUUGUUCAGUCACAUGACCUUCUUUUUUUAAUCAAAGAUCUGGUUCAAGCAAACACAGAGUGACUUUUUUUAAUCUAAUUAUAAAUUGUGUAAUUUCUUCUUCUCCUUUAUUAAAGAAAACUUUAGCCGACCGUUUUUCUUUUGGGUGGGGGGGGUCAGAGUUUGGUUGUUAUAGCGUUGUUUUCAGUCAACACGCCGUGAGCCGGAGUCUUACCGCCAGACAUCCUGAUCCACCGGGGGCUCACAGGUGAUUUGGGUGUCUGGUCUCAUCACUAAACUGUUGAAAAACAUGCACUGGUCCAACUGGUUUGAACACACUUUCACACACACACUUUCACACACACUUUCACACACACGAACACGAAUCACACACACUCGACUUCUGCAAAUAUGGGUCAUCGGGACUGCGGCGUCAGCCUCCUGCUGAUUACAUCGUGGAGACACUUUCUUCUCUUGUCAACAACAUCAACAUGAACUUUAUGAUUUCCCAUAAAUCCACCACCACCACCAUCAUCUUCAUCAUCAUCAUCACCAUCACCACAGCCACCAUCUUGUAUAAGGACGUAUGGACGUUCAGGGCGCUGCCGUUGUAAAUACCUGUUUAUAUACGUGUGCAUACUUGUGUCGGAGAAUACAAAGAAUGUAAUGAGAUUCAUACUUGACCUUUUUCUUUUUCUUGUUUUUUUUUUUUUUUACAUCAAAUGUUAAUUUGAGUAUUAUUCCAUGUUGAAUUUCCCUUUUUAAGAGUCUUGAAGAAAAAAAAGAAGAAGAAAAAAUAAUAAUUGGACCCAAUCAGAGAACUCUCCAUGGAAAAGUUAAUAAUCGCCUCGCUGUGCUCGUACAGGUAAUAAUACCUGUCGAGCUCGCAGAGCGGAGGGAUUCGCCAAUGUUUGUAUCCGUGACACUGCCCGUUGCCACGGCGACCGAGCUCCUCUGACGACAGUUUGCGGUUUUGCUCGCAGUUUUCUUUUGUUUUUCUUGUUUUCCUCCCGUAGUUCUGUUGCAACACUUCAGCUGGAGGGAGUCGGCCGGGCGGAUCGAGCCUGUUACGUUAUCCUGAUCGAUCAGGGAUCAAUAAUGAAAGGUGAAAGGUUUUGAAGCCCGACGUCACUGCAUUUCUUUGCAGCGGCGCAGCUAGAAUGUUUUCCAACGACAGGAAGUACAAGAGGGGAAAUGUUCCUUUUGUUGUUGUUGUUGUUGCACGGAACAAAUCGAGACGAGCGUGACAACCUUCAGGAAACUUUAGAUGUCUUCCCAGCGGAGCUCCAACGAUCACCCAUGAACAAAAAAUACAGAACGAACAAGAUCGUUCGGAAGCAGAGAAACACGUCACCCGGAUUAUAGUUUGACAUUUUAUUAUGAACUCACCUUCUCUUCACUGUUUCUACCACUUUGUGUGUGUGUGUGUGUGUGUGUCCAAACCUCUUCUAUCUACACUAUGAUUGUUUUAAAGAAACGAGUUCUCCUGCUGACCACCCACUGUGUACAUAACUGUAGUUCUAGUUUUCAGACUUUUUGUAAAUAUUGUCUUGUUUUUUAUUCCCUUUUAUAAUAUUAAUAUUUCUUUUUUCUUUCUUUUUUUUAUAAUGGGCUUUUAGAUCAGUUGUACGUGAACGCUCGUUUAAUUUAGUUUUGAUACUAGCGUGUAAGAGAAUUUAUCAGUUUUGUGUACAAACUGUUGAGAACAACAACGCUUUUCAUUUCUGUUUGUGCGAGAUGCUGCAAUGAAAUAAAAAAAGGAUUCAUGAAAUAAAAGCA